GUCUGCUCCCCAUGACAUCAGCUGUCCCUUCUUGGACAUUCUAUUGUCUCCUAGAGAGUUCUUGGCAUCCUCUGUGAUGUCACCUGUAUUGUAGUGAUGACCAGUGCCCUAGUUUCUCUCAGUCUGAGUCUGGCAGUCACAAGCUAAGACAUGUUUUCCUGUCUUAGUGGGCAUUUUGGGAGGGGGAACAUCGAUUGUGGGGAGACUAGAGUGAAGGGGUCUAGCCUUUCCUCUCAAAGUAAUGAUGGACAAAGACAGCACUUCUGGGGAAUGUGGAAUGCUGGGAGAGAAACAUCAUCCCCUGGAACUGCCCUAAGCGAGAAGCAGGCCAAGAAGGAAAAGGAGAGACUGAUUAAAGAGCUGCAGCUCAUUACCGAGGAGAGAAAUGACCUGAGAGAUCGCCUGAGGUUUCUGACAGAGAGAUCCAUGAAAAAUAGGCCCUACUUCAGGCCAAAUACAUAUCAUGAAGACCUGGAGAGAAUGGAGGAGGAGGUCAUGUCAAGUCUGCACAACUUAGAGAUGGAGAACACUGAGAUCCAUGAGAACAGCAAUAAGCUGAAGAAGGAGAUGACCUUCUCUAGAAACCUUCUCAGCCAGCUCCUGAUGGAGAACACAUGCAGGAAGAAGUUGGUCCCACUGAAACAGGAGAGCAAGGAGGUACAUCUUGAUUGUGCACUGAAACAUAAAUAUUUGGUUGACUUCAACAAGAAAGAUAAAGACCAGCAACGUCCAGACCCAGCAUCUGGUCUCAGAAAGUGCAAGAGAGCUGGAAUUGGACACACCCCAGUAAGAGAGCUUCCUGAAGAAUAAGUUGCUUUCUCAGGAGUCUCUGAUGACAAACAUCCUGAAUGAAAUCACCACUUAAGAGACAACUGGGGGGACCGCCUUUCAUUAUGUGUGCUAGAAGAGAAACAGCAAUACAUCUGUGCUUCUAAAUGUUCGUGAAGAAUAUGAUGUUUAGAAAUAUUUUUGUUAUGAUUUUAAUUGAAAUUUUUUUUGUUGUUUCAUAUUUAUAUGUUCUUGUUACUAUUUUUCACUUUCGAAUAUUUUUAAAUAUUUUUAUUCAUUUUCAUCCUGUUUUGUUAUAAAAUGUAUUCCUUAUGAAUAAAUAUUGAAUUCUAUCUCUUGACUCUUAAAACCAUCAUUCUUACUCAAGGGUUCUGUCCCUCCUGUGGACUUAGAACUGACAGGUGGAGAUGGAUCUCUGCAUGUUCCAGGGAGCCUGGGCUAAUAAGUGAAUUCAAAGUCACCAAGGGGUACCCAGUGUGACAGUGUCUUUUGUGUGGAUAAUGAGGCUGAUUCUCGGACACACACUUUAUGAAGUAAUCACUGACAUGCUCUACCCAAUUGUUAGGGUCCAUGUGGUUCUUCUGAGAGAGCAGCAGAUGCUCUACCCUGUGAGUCAUCACCACAGCUCCUGCAGGUGGCUUUUGUUAUUCCACAUGAGGUGCUGUAUUAGGUGGACAGGAUCACCUCCAAUCAAAUAGAGAGAUCUCAGGAGAUGUGUGUUCACAGGGAACUUACUGAGCCAUGCGUGCUCAACGUGUUAGGUUGUCAGGCAUCCCUACAGGGCUCUGGUGUCCCCACUGCUCAUUGAGGUAAGGAUCAUCCUCCAGCAUCACUUAGUGUCCAUAUUAGAGCAGAUCUUUCACCUGUUAUCUAUGAUGACCAUAUGUAUUAUGCACAUCUGAUAAAAUACAGAAUAGAAACUAGAUUCCUUUAGUCCAGAUUGGCAUAAUGAGUUUUUUUAUUGUUAGCAAGAAAAUUAUUUUAAUCUCAGCAGUUUAGGGAGGAACCUCAAAGCAUCCAUAGUGAAUGUAGCCUGCAGCUGUGAACACAGGUUUCUUUAGGAGAGCAGGCCUGUGCAAGCCCAACCGAGGUGGGACAGUUCAAGCUACCCGUUUUCCAUGUCCAAUCUAGGAUCAUAUUGAGAAUGUAUUUUUUCCAGGUGACUGAUUUCCAAUUUAUGGAAUUGAACUAACUUACUGAGAGUGGAGGUGACUCAGAGAGUUAAAGUACACAAGGACCAAUCCAGAAUGUCCACAAAAGCUUGCUGUCACCCCAGGACUUUUCAAAGCUCAGCAGCUAGAGAAGCAAUGUAGUAUUUGGUUAUUCUCAUGCUUAGGUCUAGUCAUUCAUUAUAAGCUGACCAUGACACAAAAAGAGUCAUCUGUGUCACAAUAGAAACUAGUUGUAACUAGAUUCACCGCACACUAUCACAUCACUACCGUAUUUGAGGUUCUCAGUUACUAUCUAAGAACCUGGAAGAGGCCUGGGUCUUGCUACACAAACUCAUAAUUUAUGUCUUCAUGACACUGUGUGCUUUGUUCUGUUGAUGCUACCAUUGGCAUACAACACCUUGGAUACUUUGUGCUGACAUCUGUGACCUGAGACAAUAGUUCAUGUCAUCCUAACCUGAAUAAACUGUCCUUAGAGUACAGUGUGGUAUGAGGGGCCUUCUUUUCCUGUGAGAUAGCAAAACAUUUCCAGUCUUCAGUCAAGUCUGUCAGCCAUUGUCCAGUGCCUGUCUUGAGAUGUCCACCUUUGAAGCUGAGAGUCUUCAUCCAGGCUGCUCUGUAAUUCUGUAGAAGAUUAAUAGGUUCCAGCCCUAGGAUUUAAUUCAGUGUGACUGUACUUGCCGAACAUGCUCAAAGCCCUGUGUUUCACCCUAGCCCUCUGUGCUUUAGAGAAAGAAAAUAAAGAACCACAUUGCACUUGAAGUUUCUCCUCCAAUAGAAGGAGAAUCUGCAUCCGGUCUUUUAAGUAACUCUAAGCCCCAGCUUCCCCACAACUUCCUCCAUCAAUUCCAUUAUUGGUGUGUUUUCAUUACUGCUCACUUUCUUCCUUGUGUGCAAAGAAUGUGCAAUAUGUCAGUAAAGUGUGCGUGUGUGUGUGUGUGUGUGUGUGUGUGUGUGUGUGUGUUUGUGUGCAGUCCCUAGUGAAAUGUGUCGAUGUGCAUGCAGACUCAUGCUACUACUGUCCCAUGACACCUUGCAGGGAACACUGAAAUGGUGGGUUACUUUAAUACAACCUAAACCGGGUGUGCAUGGUUUUCAGUAAGAUUUUGACGUCCUCACCACUACAGAGAGCAGAAAAAGCUUCAGUAGUUACAUGGAUGUGAUCAAUCAGUGUUAGUGUGUGCAUUCAAUAAAAUACCCAUUUUUAAGUAAGGUAGAUGCUUCUGUUUUUUUUUUUUUGUGGGGUGACCCAUUGUCAAUGUCUAGUGAAUUGGGGGCCCUGGGUAUGGUCGCAUACCCCCAGGACACAGGGGGUGCAGAGCAAAGGCAGAAGCAACUGCACACAGUUGCAAGCUUUAUUAAUCCCUAUAUAGCUGGGAAUAUGAAUAACUACAAUUUUCAUUUUGUCAAGAUAUCAUAAGAUCAUUAUUCUCAGGAUACCAGGAACAACUGAGGGAAGACUAAACAAAGAAAUACGAAUAAACAAAGGCUUCUUCUCAAAAUAUUUAUAUAACAAGUCACCUCUCUUAUUUUAAUCAAAAUAUACUCACCAUUACCGAGAGGGCGUUAGAACCACUUCCACAGAAACAGGACACAGCAGAACAUAGCUUAAGGCCAAGUGAGAAAAAGAUUUUGUUCUCCAGGGUGGAAUUCCAGCCCCUACUUGUAUCUGUCUCCAGGCCUUUCUUGACCCUGCCUGGGAGCUGCAUCUCUAUGUCUUAAUAAUUCCUUCUUUUUUCUUUUGUUUUAUAAGAAACACUUUCCAUAACAUAGCAAAAGUCUUUGUAGGGGUUUAAUCAUGUAAAAAUAAAGCAACAUAAUACAUAAUGUACAUAAGAUUAUGGCAAAACUAGCUCCUCCCAAGCUAUGGAAAAUCCUUUGAAGCCAAGCCUUGGGAUCUAAUCCUGUCAAUUGAUCAGCCAAUAAUUUAGCUAUUUCCAUAGGGGUAGUAUCUUCUAGCUGUUUACCAAAAGACAUUCGAGCAUCGUAUUUCAAGGCAUUAAUUACUUUUGUAGCACUUUCA